AUGGGCGGAUGGAAGGGGCCGGGGCAGCUCCGGGGAAGGGAAGGGCUGGAGCUACGGCGGCCGGCGGCCGAGAGGGGCGGCGGGCUGGGUGCGCCGCGGAGCCCGGCCCGAGUGUCCCGUGCAGCGUCCCCGGGCGCCGCCAUGACGCCCGAUCUGCUCAACUUCAAGAAGGGAUGGAUGUCAAUCUUGGAUGAGCCUGGAGAGUGGAAAAAGCAUUGGUUUGUGCUGACGGAUUCAAGCCUCAAAUAUUACAGAGACUCCACAGCUGAGGAGGCAGACGAGCUAGAUGGGGAGAUCGAUCUGCGGUCCUGCACUGACGUCACAGAGUAUGCGGUCCAGCGCAACUAUGGCUUCCAGAUCCAUACCAAGGAUGCAGUUUACACCUUGUCGGCCAUGACCUCGGGCAUACGGCGGAACUGGAUUGAGGCUCUCAGGAAGACUGUGCGUCCAACUUCAGCCCCAGAUGUCACCAAGCUCUCCGAAUGCAAUAAGGAAAACACACUGCACGGCUAUGGCACCCAGAAGAGCUCCCUGAAGAUAGGGGAGCAGCGGACAGGCUCUGAGGUUAUCAGCCGGGGUGGUCCUCGAAAGGCGGAUGGUCCUCGGCCAUCACUGGACUACGUGGAGCUCUCUCCAUUAACGCCAAGCUCCCCACAGCGCAUGCGCACUCUGUCCCGCUCCACUCCUGAGCGCCCCACCAAACAGGAGGAUCUGGAGCGGGACCUGGCCCAACGCUCUGAGGAAAGACGCAAGUGGUUCGAGUCCACGGAGAGCAGGACCCCAGAGACGCCCAGUGGCGAUGGGUCUCGAAGGGGCCUGGGUGCCCCCCUGACUGAUGACCAGCAGAGUAGGCUCAGUGAGGAGAUUGAGAAGAAGUGGCAGGAAUUGGAAAAGCUGCCCCUGCGGGAGAACAAGCGAGUGCCACUCACUGCCCUGCUCAACCAAGGCCACAACGAGCGUCGGGGACCUACAAGCGACAGCCAAGAGGCCCUGGAGAAGGAGGUCCAGUCUCUCCGUGCCCAGCUGGAGGCUUGGCGUCUCCGAGGGGAAGCUCCACAGAAUACACCCAGACUCCAGGAGGACAGCCAUAUCCCCCCUGGCUACAUCUCACAGGAAGCCUGUGAGCGCAGCCUGGCAGAGAUGGAGUCCUCACACCAGCAGGUGAUGGAGCAGCUACAGCGGCACCACGAACGAGAGCUGCAGCGGCUGCAGCAGGAGAAGGAGUGGCUGCUGGCCGAGGAGACAGCUGCCACGGCCUCAGCCAUUGAAGCCAUGAAGAAGGCAUAUCAAGAAGAGCUGAGCCGGGAGCUGAGCAAAACCCGGAGUCUCCAGCAGGGCCCAGAGAGCCUUCGGAAGCAACACCAGCUGGACAUGGAGGCGCUGAAGCAGGAGCUGCAGGUGCUGUCUGAGAGGUACUCGCAGAAGUGCCUGGAGAUCGGGGCUCUGACAAGGCAGGCAGAGGAGCGCGAGCACACCCUGCGGCGCUGCCAACAAGAGGGCCAGGAGCUGCUGCGCCACAACCAGGAGCUGCACUCCCACCUAUCUGAGGAGAUCGACCGUCUGCGCAGCUUCAUCGCCUCGCAGGGCACCACAGGCAACAGCUGCGGGCGCAGCAAUGAGAGGAGCUCCUGUGAGCUGGAGGUGCUACUGCGAGUGAAGGAGAAUGAGCUCCAGUACCUGAAGAAGGAGGUGCAGUGUCUCCGGGACGAGCUUCAGGUGAUACAGAAGGACAAGCGCUUCACGGGGAAGUAUCAGGAUGUGUACGUGGAGCUGAACCACAUCAAGACUCGGUCGGAGCGUGAGAUCGAACAGCUGAAGGAGCACCUGCGCCUGGCCAUGGCUGCCCUGCAGGAGAAGGAGGCUGUGAGGAACAGCUUGGCUGAGUAGAGGUCCCUGUGGUUCCGAUCAGCUGAGGACCCUCCAGCCCCAGGGGACCAGCCACCCUCCUUCUCUGGCAGAAGUCAGAAGCCAAGCUUUCUCCCCACCCUGGGUCACAUGUGCACUCACACCUCACACACACACACACACAUACACACACACACACACACACACACACACACACAUAUGCACAGACACUGCGGAUCUGAGCUAGUCCCUUGCACAGGGUCUUUACCUUGCACCUUCUUCAGGAUUUUAUAUGUGAAGAGAUUUUUAUAUAGUUUUUUUUUUUUUUUUGCCUUUUUUUUUCUAAAACAUUUAAACUUUUUAAAAAGGCAAUUUUUUUUUGUGGCGUGUGCCUCAAGCACUGGCUCCUGCCCCUCUCUCGUCCCCUGCUUGGCCCUCCUUCCUCCCUGGGUGUCUCACAAAGGCCCAAGCAGGGCCAGGGUGAGUCGACCAGAGGGAAAAGGCAGGGAGCAGCCCUCACUUCCUACCCUGGCCUCUGGACAGGGGGACCAGUGGGCAGAGGGAGGAGCCAGUGGCUGGCCCCAUAGUUCCACUCCUCUGAGGGGCGCUGGGUGUGGACCACCAGCGCCACCCAUGAAGACACUUCUCUUCUGUUCCAUGAGUCACCCUAACUUAAUAAAACCUUCCGGCAACUCUG